UAAUGACUUAACUUUCCCAUGCUAUUGAUAAUAUCGGUAGCGAUGUUCGUAAGACAAGUUACGUUCCUGGUUCUGAAGUGGUUCUGAAGUGAAGCAGUGUUGCGAUGGGUACGGAGGUGGAAAUACAGAACUUCAUCAACUGCACGCAGCAGGCCUUGGGCUCUGAUUUAUCUUGGGAUACGCUGAAUGUCUCGCAAAUACUGGACUUGUUGCCGAACCAAAUUCUUGAGGAUAUGAAUUUGAAAAUCACUCUUGGAAACUGCAUGGGCUUAGGAAAGAGACCGUACAGCCCUCCUUGGUGGGGACAACUGGCCUGGUUCAUAGUAUUCGCUGUGAUGCUGUUACUUGCGGUGCUGGGAAACACUUUAGUUAUAUGGAUUGUAUUAGCUCACCGUCGUAUGCGGACAGUGACAAACUGCUUUCUCGUGAACUUGGCAUUUGCUGAUCUUCUUAUGGCAACAUUGAACGGAGCUCCAAACUUCAUAUUUUUGGUGACAGCGGACUGGCCCUUCGGAUCCGUGACCUGUACCGCCAGCAACUUUACCGCCAACUUGACUGUAUCGGCUGGAGUUUUCACACUUGUUGCUAUUACCGUGGAUAGGUAUGUGGCGAUAGUGAAACCAUUACAACACCGACUGAGUCGCAGCGUAGCUCGUGCAGCCUUAUUCACAGUAUGGUUCGCCAGCGUGCUGCUGGCCUUGCCUAGCUUACUCUACUCAGACACUUAUACAAAAAAGUACAUAAACGGGGAGCGAGAAAUAUGUUUCAUGAAAUGGCCGGAUGGCAGUUACCCAACGUCGCGGGCUGAUUACUGUUACAACCUCGUGUUCUUGGCCGUCACAUAUGUGGUUCCUAUGUCUGUGAUGGUUUGGGCUUACGUUCGAAUGAGCACAGCUCUUCAAGGAAGAACAAUAGGGGAAUGCACCCAUCACCAGAUGCAAGUGGUCAGGUCAAAACGGAAGGUGGUGAGGAUGUUCGUGCUAGUAGUGAUGGUAUUCGCGCUUUGCUGGCUGCCGUACCACGCUUACUUCGUACUGGUGUAUCAUCACCAAUCACUAGCUUCGUCGCCGUUCGCCCAGCACGUUUACCUCGGUUUUUAUUGGCUAGCCAUGGCCAAUUCAAUGUUUAACCCGCUUAUAUACUACUGGAUGAGUAACAAAUUUCGACUAUACUUCAAAUUAGUGCUGUGUUGGUGCAUCGCUAAGAAAACAACGUCGCCAAACAACUUGAAAAAGCAAUUUGAAAUGAACAAAUCGUUUUCCGUGAGCCAGCGACAUCGUGACGCGUCUUCUUUUAGCCGGGCAUGACAAUCACGAAGGAGGAGCAAUUUGUCCCGCUCUUCCCCAGCCAAUGAUCAGUCGAAUGGUACUUCGAUUUUCACAAAUGGUGUUGCAGUUCAGACAAACCCCCGCUGUGACUCAGAGAGCGACAAACAUUGCCAUGUUUGUGAAGAUAAGUUAUAGGCAGGGUUUGACAAUAAGGGUGUGUAUCGUUAAUUUUAAUAACUCAUAUCUAAUAUGUUAAAGUGUAUUAAUUAAUUAUGUACUAAUUGGUUUGAUAUCAUUUG